UUUGUGUGUGUGUUUUUGUUUGUGUGUGUCUGUUCGUUCCAUAUCCUGAUUCCUCACCCACUAAGGGAUUGCCUUGUUUUUCGCAUCUUCGAGAAGCUCUCAGAGGAAUUCCCUCGGCUUCAACAUGGGGAAGAGAAAUCGAAUAUUGCCCCACGACUUGGUCCCGGAGGAGAAGAGCUUUUUCCAGAAGGCAAAAUCCCUUUUGCCAGGUCCCCCUCACCGUGUUACUCCCUGCUCCUCAAGCAGUGAUGAGCAAGUGCUGUAUCUGGAGGGCCAGAACGGCAUCCCGGCUGCCGCCUCAGCAAGGCAGGAGGAGGAGGUAGCGGGCUCAUCCUGGGGGCCAAGUUCAGCUUUGGCGGCUCCUUCUAGUUCACUGGAAGUUCCCCUGGUUCUGGAAGAACCAUUCCCUCCUGGUUGGCGCAGGGGCCCUGAGAAAGCCAUGCAGGCCUGGGCUGACAAGAGCGACAGGUCUCUUCUGGAGAGGACGCCAGACACAAGAUCCGAGACAUCCUCCUCCGAGAUCACCUCGGAAGCCUCCUCCAAAUGGGACCAAGGGGACGAGUCUGAAGCCGAGGAAGAACAAACGCGAGUCAUCUCGAUCAAAAAGACCUUUGGUGAUCCACGCAGCAAGAAAGUGCAUCCAGCCCCUCCCACAGAAUACACCACGUGCCAGGAAAUGCUCUACGAGCCCUCCUUCAAUUGGCCCCUAGGCAAAGAUGCUCAAGGCCAACAAGAGAGCCCAGCCUCUUCCCCCGCCAAAGGCAGGCAAGGGCUCUGGAAAAGGGGAGGCAAAGUCCAGCCAGCCUUGGAGGCCAAGUCUAAAACAACUCCGAGGACGGACCCCGAGCAAUCCUCUUCAAGCGCCCAGAGACAAGGCCGCAGAAACCGAGGUCACUUUCCAGUCUUUUGGAAAAAUUUAUUCUCUGGAGGACGGUAGGGAGGGCUUGGAGCCUAGACUCCAGUUCCAGCUCUCCCCGUUUCCCCCUCCCCCCCAAAGAGAAGAAAUGUGUGAAGGGACCCCUUUCAAUCAAAGAUUCGAGGUAGCACAGGGGUCCUCCAGACCAACCAAAAAAGUGAAGAAAGCCUCUGGGCUGGACGCGAACGUGUCUGAAGUGGCAACAUGUGGGGGCUAAAUCCACAGAAGAAGUGGGGACUCCUGGUCUAGCUGGGAGGGGCUGGAGCCUCAGCAGAAGCACAGAGUGUUUUAUCUCCCAAACUCUCUGAGAGUCAAGUUGAAGUCUGAGAGCUGGAGGCCUGAGUGAAGCUGGCCUGACUGGAUGGCAGCCGGGCCCAGCGGUGCCACUGACUACCUGAAGACCUGGCCCUGGAAAGAAGGAACCAGCCGGCAGUGGGUACAGGGCCAGUGGGGCAGGGAUGCAGCUGGCUGCCACGAUUUGCAGGAGAGGGGACCUCUUGCUUUAGGGGUUCCUGGUCAGAGAUUUUGGACUUUCUCCUCAAAAGGAAACAUUGAACGGAAGCUUGAGGAACUUUGUCACACACCACAAUUAGAGGUGCUUAACAUUCUUCUUUACAAAAUUGCACUUGCAAAGAAGCCUCCCACCAUUCAGAUAUAUAGUAGGAACAGGAAAAAGGAGAAUUCAUCUUCAGAGGUGGACAUUGAAGCAAAAAAGUUUUUACCCUCAAAAGAAAUGUGCAAUUGCUGCAAACCAAAAGGAAAUAAAUAGAACUACUCAAAAAAGAAUGUAAAAAUCAAAGGAAAUUGAGGAAAAUGUAACCAAAAAAAAAAAAUCACUCCAAAGAAGAACAAAAUCAUAUGGGAAAAAAAAAUGGAAACAAGUCUGCAACCCAGGAUAGGAAUCUCAAGAUGAAAAUAAUGCUUUGAAAAAUUUAGAUCAGCAAAGGGAUGCCAGGGAAAUGCUGAAAAUCAAGAAAUAAUCAAACAAAUUGGCAAUAUUGGAAAUAAAUAGAACAAUGUGAAAGCUAAAAGACAGAGCUGGAGAACAGAUUAGAAGAAAAUAGAAAAGCAUAGAAAUUGAGUCCCGGAAAAGUGUGACCAUAAAAAGAAACUUCCAAGAAGGAACCAGCCCCCAAUGGGUACAGAGGCAGUGGGGCAGGGUUGCAGCUGGCUAUCAGUAUUUGCAGGAGAGGGAAACCCUUGCUCUGGGGUUCCUGUUUUGGGGGUUUGGGAGUUACUGGUCACAAGGAAACACUGAAGGGAAGCUUGAGGAACCUUCCCCACACACCACAGAGGUACUCAAUCUCUUUUCUCAAAAAUGUAUCUGCAAAGAAGAAUCCCACCAUUGAAAUAUAUUAUGGGAACAGGGAAAAGGAGAGUUCAUUUUCAGACACUUAAGUAAAAAAGCUUUUACCCCAAAGAGUAAUGUGCAAUGGCUGUAACCCUUAAGAAAAUAUGUAGAACUUAAAAAAGAAUUUAAAAUCAAAUGGAAUGGACGGAAAUGUAACCAAAAGCAAACCUGUCAAAAAAAAAAAAAAACCCAACCCCUCAAAAAGCUUAUGGGAAAAAAAGGAAACCAACUUGCAAUGAGGAAAGGAGUCUCAAAAUGAAAAUAAUUCUUUGAAAAAUGAAGAUUGGCGAUGGGAAGCCAGGGAAUUGCAGAAAAAUCAAGAAAUAACAAAGCAAAUUGGAAAUAAAUAGAAUGUGGGGAAAAAUCUGAACAGAAACGAGUGCAAGGGAUAAUGUGGUAAAAAAAAUUACCCAGGCAUGGAUUCUGUCAAUAUAAAGUAAUUAUUAAAUAAAAUUAAAAAAAAAAAAAGGAAAUAAAUAGAAUGUGAAACAUAAAAGAUCUGGAGAACAGAUUAGAAUAGAAUAAAAGUGUAGAACUAGACUAUGUGCAAAGUGUGAUCCAAAACAGAACCUUCCAAGAAGGAACCAAUGAGUCCAGAUACAGUGGGCCAUGGAUGCAGUUGGCUGCCAGUCCUUGCAGGAGAGGCGAGAGCUUGCUUUGGGGUUCCUGGUCAGAGAGUUUGGGGUUCCCGGUCAGAGGGAAACACUGAAGAGAAACUUGAGGAACUUUUGCCCCACACCACAAUUAGAUGUACUAAACCUCUUUUUGAAAAAAUGCAUCAGCAAAGAAGAAUCCCACCAUUGAAAUGUAUUAUGGGAACAGGGAAAAGGAGAAUUCAUCUUCAGAGGCGGACACUUAAGUCAAAAAGUUUUUACCCCAAAGAGAAAUGUGCAAUUGCUGCAAACCAAGAGAAAAUAUGUAGAACUACUCAAAAAAGAAUUUACAAAUGAAAUGAAAUUGUGGAAAAUGUAACCAAAAAAAAAAAUCCAAGAAAAACCAAAAGCCUAUGGGAAAAAAAGGAAACCAACUUGCAAAGGAGGAAAGGAAUCUCAAGAAAAAAUAAUUCUUUGUAAAAUGAAGAUUGGCAAUGGGAAUCCAGGCAAAUGCAGAAAAAUCAAGAAAUAAAACAAAUUGGAAAUAUUGGAAAUAAAUAGAACAAUGUGAAACAUAAAAGAUCUGGAGAAGAGAUUAGAAUAAAAUAGAACGAUGUAGAACUGGACUACCUGAAAAGUGGGACCAAAAAAAGAACCUUCGAAGAAGGAACCAGUCCCCAGUGGGUACAGAGGCAGUGGGCCAGGGAUGCAGCUGGCUACCAGUCCUUGCAGGAGAGGGGAGCUCUUGCUUUGGGCUUCCUAUUUUUGGAGUUUGGGGAUUACUGGUCAGAGGGAAACACUGAAGGGAAACUUGAGGAACCUUCCUCUCACACUACAGUUAGAGGUGCUUAAUCUCUUUUUUAAAAAAUGCAUCUGCAAAGAUGAAUCCCACCAUUGAAAUAUAUUACGGGAACAGGGAAAACGAGAGUUUAUCUUCAGAGGAGGCCAUUUCAGUAAAAACGCUUUUACCCCAAAGAGUAAUGUGCAAUGGCUGCAACCCCAAAGAAAAUGUGUAGAAGAACUCAAAAUAAGAAUUAAAAAAAUCAAAUCAAAUUGAGGAAAAUGUAACCAAAAAAAAUCUCUCCAAGAAAAACCAAAAGCAUAUGGGGAAAAAAAAAGGAAACCAACUUGCCAAGGAGGAAAGGAGUCCCGAGAUGAAAAGAAUUCUUUGAAAACUGAAGAUUGGUAAUGGGAAGCCAGGGAAAUGCAGAACAAUCAAGAAAUAACAAGACCAAUUGUAAACAUUGGAAACAAAUAGAAGAAUGUGAAACAUAAAAGACAGAUCUGGAGAACAUAUUAGAAUAUUAGUAGAAUAGAAAACUGAAUAACUUGAUUACUGAAAAGUGUGACCAAAAAUAGAACCUUGCAAGAAAUAAUUUGGGAAUAUUGUCCUGGAAUGAUAAAUGAGAAAAUGUAGAAAUAGGAAAAAAAAAAUCCCCAUUUUCAACCACUUCAACGAAAUCCAUUGUGGAAAA